UAGUUCACAGUGAAAUCCUACUGUCGUUUUUCAGAGAAAUCACCUAGGUUUGGACAUGCGUCCUAGAAUAACCGGCGUUUCUUUAAUUGAGUAUUGCCUCAUGUUUUAUUAAACAAGUAACACAACGUACAGGAGAUUUGGAUAAGCCAGGAUAACUGAAACAAUGAAAAAUGAUUAUGGAACGAACAUGGUGGAUAAAGGCGAGCUAUAAAAGAUGAAGAUGUCUCAGUGUGUGCUAGAGAUGCUGGACGUUAAGACAAUGCUGGAAUGUUACCUUCUUUUUGCGUUUUAUAUAUCGCAACUAUGGGCCCAAGAUAACAUCACCGAUUCGGAUGUACCAGGGGGAAUCGCAGUGUCUGACGAAAAAAAGCUGAUAAAAGAUCUUCUCGAGAAGUAUGAAGAUAUCGGCAAGGUGGGACGGCCCGUCCAUAAUCAAACCUCCGUGAUACAGGUUCAGUUCGGCAUCGCUCUCGUUCAAAUACUGGACCUGGACGAAAAGAAUCAAGUUCUAACAACAAAUGUUUGGGGAAGAUACAACUGGCACGACAUCCUUUUAGUGUGGGACCCUAAAGACUAUGGAGGUGUUGAACAUGUUAGAAUACCUACAGAGUAUAUCUGGACACCUGAUAUUGUACUUUAUAACUAUGCAGACGACAGAUUGGAAGAGAAACGCAAGGCCCUUGCGGUAGUGUCUUACAAGGGGGAGAUAAUAUGGAUUCCUCAAGCUAUAUACAAGAGCACAUGCUCUAUAGACAUCACACACUUUCCAUUCGAUGUUCAAAACUGUACCAUGAAAUUCGGAUCAUGGACAUAUGAUGGAUUUAAACUUGACAUUAUUUUCUUCAACAAUGAUGAAAAAGUUGAUCUGAACGACUAUAUACCCAGUAAUGAAUGGGAUGUGGUUCAGAGUCCAGCGAGGAGGAAUGUCAAGAAAUAUCCGUGCUGUGUUGAACCGUAUCCAGAUCUGACAUUUACUCUGAUUAUUAGAAGAAAAGUAGCAUUUUAUAACUACAUUUUGAUACUGCCGUGUGUCCUGCUGUCUUCACUUACACUCGUGUUGUUUUGGCUUCCACCAGAGAGCCCUGCAAAAAUGGUGUUAGGAAUGAAUAUAUUUGUGGCCUUCUUUGUAUUGUUGCUUCUUCUGGCUGAGUCUACUCCCCCUGCUGCCUCGAGUAUACCGCUCAUUGGUGCAUAUUAUUGUCUGAAUAUGAUAAUGAUAACGCUUUCAACGUUUCUGUCCGUCAUCGUCAUCAACCUGUACUUCCGAGGGGAUAGGAGAAAUAGGGUACCAAAAUUUGUCAAAACGCUUAUGAUAGAUUGGGUGGCCCGGAUUUUGUGUAUGCGCGGUGAACUAAAUCUUCCACCACCCGGUCCAAAAGAACACAAACUUGACAAAGUGAUUGUUAAUGAACAGAAGGAAAUAAAGCGAAAACGAAAGAAAGCGGCAAAAGAAAACAAUUGUAACAACGAUAUGAAAUACAACAAGUUUCAGAUGCACGAAACGUCAACAUUUUCAAACCACAAAACUGAAAAUACGUCACCAGAUAAAUCUCCAAUACUAAUGCACCAGUCAAUGGAGAAUGACAUUCGAGAAAUACGAAAAUAUCUAAGACAUGUAGCAAUGAAAAUGAUGGAGAAGGAAUCAGUGGGGAAAAUCACAAUUGAAUGGCGGGUAGUAGCGUUAGUGUUAGACAGAGUGUUCUUUUUUAUGUAUCUUCUGGCCAUAAUUGUUUCCUUGGCAACGAUAUUCCCCAAAACAGAAUCAUGACAACCAUAUAAUACCAUAAACACUCGCAUAUUUGAUAGUAUGAGAGGAUAUUACCUGAAGGAUAUUAUAGCAUCCACGUCAAUCGGAUGUCUUCCAUAUAGCGUUACACACAUCUACUUGUAUUAUUCUUAUUUCAAAGGAUGGUGGACCAAGAAUACUUUCCGUGUUGAACCGUGUUGAACAUAACUUGCAUUAUUUCUCUGUAUGGAAAAGAAGUGUAACACGAGAGCUUGAUGCAAGACAAAACAUUUGUUAGAAUAAUUCGAAAUUCAUCACAAAAAUGAAAUCACUUCUGUAUAGAGGGCAGCACGAUGCAUAUUCAUCAUACAGCAUUGCUAUGUAAUAUAAAUCAAAUCA